AUGGGGAAUAACUCUGAGAUCGUGCUUGUGCUUCAGGGUCUGAACGACUCUCUGACCAACCGUCAGAUCUACUUCGCCUUCGCCCUGAUGUCCUACUUCUUCACCAUCUUUGUGAACCUGACGCUGGUCGUCACCGUGUGUGUGGAGAGGUCGCUCCACGAGCCCAUCUACAUCUUCCUGUGUAACCUGUGUGUGAACGGGAUCUGCGGAGCGUCCAGUUUCUACCCGAAGCUGCUCCACGACCUUCUGGCCGACUCUCACGUCAUCACGUACUCUGGCUGUUUGGCUCAGUUAUUUGUAGUUUACAAUUAUGUUUUCUGUGAGUUCACCAGUCUGACUGUCAUGGCUUACGACCGCUACCUGGCCAUCUGUCGGCCGCUGCAGUACCGGGCGCUGAUGACGGCGCAGAGGGUGGCGCAGCUGCUGCUGCUCACCUGGUGCUUCUCGCUGCUGGAGGCGGUGGUGGGCAUCACGCUGACCGCCUCGCUGCCGCUCUGCAGACGCCACAUCCGCAAGAUCUUCUGCACCAACUGGGAGGUGGUGAAGCUGUCGUGCUCGGACACGACCAUGAACAACAUCUACGGCUUCGUGCUCAUGUUCUCACACGUCUCGCAGACCGGACUCAUCGUGGUUUCCUACGCGUACCUGGUCCGAGCCUCGCUCCAGUCGCGCUCCGACCGCAGGAAGUUCGUUCAGACGUGUCUGCCGCACCUCGUCACCCUGCUCGUCUUCACCAUCUCGCUGCUUUUCGACAUCAUGUACGCUCGCUACGGCAGCGACAGCGCGCUGCAGGCGCUGCAGAACGCGCUGGCGGCAGAGUUCCUGGUGGUCCCGCCCCUCGUCAACCCCAUCAUCUAUGGCAUCAAUCUGCAGCAGAUCAGGUCCAGGAUCCUCCAGAACUUCACCCACAAACCAGAGAUCCUAAAGCCACAUUCAUGA